AUCGGUGUGCGCCUGCGCACGGGAAGCCGGAGGAGUCUUACCCUAAUGUAAGAUGGUGGCCCGUCUGGCUGUGGAACCCACCGAAAGCUGAGAGUCUCUCUCUCAGCCGUAAAGGUCGGACUCGCUGAAGCAAUCAGGCCCGGUGCUGAAGAGUUUUUUCCCCGACACUCGUUCAGGGGUCUCUUGUGAGGACGCGGCAGCGCGUGGAGUCGGCUGAGGGCAAAGCGAGGCAAGUCAGGCGGGUCGUUGAAGUUCUACAUUUUAAUUCUCAGUGCUGAACUUCUUUCUCCCUUAAAUUAUUAUAAACUUUUGCUGCUGUUUAAUAAACGUGAAGAUGUCUCGCAGUCCUGAUGCGAAGGAAGACCCUGUGGAAUGUCCUCUUUGCAUGGAGCCCUUGGAGAUAGAUGAUAUCAAUUUUUUCCCUUGCACCUGUGGCUACCAGAUUUGCCGAUUUUGUUGGCAUCGAAUUCGCACUGAUGAAAAUGGGCUUUGUCCUGCAUGUAGAAAGCCAUAUCCAGAAGACCCAGCAGUUUAUAAACCCCUCUCCCAGGAGGAACUGCAAAGGAUAAAGAAUGAGAAGAAACAGAAACAAAAUGAGAGAAAACAGAAAAUAUCAGAAAAUCGCAAACAUUUGGCUAGUGUACGUGUUGUACAAAAAAACCUCGUCUUUGUUGUAGGCCUGUCUCAGCGCCUAGCAGAUCCAGAGGUUUUAAAACGGCCAGAAUAUUUUGGGAAGUUUGGUAAAAUACAUAAAGUUGUCAUCAAUAAUAGCACAUCAUAUGCGGGAUCACAGGGUCCAAGUGCCAGUGCUUAUGUAACCUAUAUCCGGUCAGAAGAUGCUCUCAGAGCCAUACAGUGUGUCAACAAUGUGGUGGUAGAUGGCAGAACACUUAAGGCAUCUCUAGGUACAACAAAAUACUGCAGUUACUUCUUAAAGAAUAUGCAGUGUCCAAAGCCUGACUGUAUGUAUCUACAUGAAUUGGGGGACGAGGCCGCCAGCUUCACAAAAGAGGAAAUGCAGGCAGGUAAACACCAAGAAUAUGAACAGAAGCUACUUCAAGAAUUAUAUAAAUUAAACCCCAAUUUUCUUCAACUAUCUACGGGUUCAGUUGAUAAGAAUAAAAACAAAGUGACGCCACUUCAGAGGUAUGAUACCCCCAUUGACAAACCUUCAGAUUCUCUCAGUAUAGGGAAUGGUGAAAAUUCCCAGCAGAUAUCUAACAGUGAUACGCCUUCACCACCACCCGGUUUAUCAAAAUCUAACCCAGUCAUCCCUAUCAGCUCAUCCAAUCACAGUGCACGGUCUCCUUUUGAAGGGGCAGUAACUGAGUCACAGUCGUUAUUCUCAGAUAACUUUCGACAUCCCAACCCUAUUCCAAGUGGGCUCCCUCCUUUCCCUAGCUCCCCACAGACACCCAGUGACUGGCCUACAGCACCAGAGCCACAGAGCCUCUUCACAUCAGAAACAAUCCCAGUAUCAUCGUCUACAGACUGGCAAGCAGCAUUUGGCUUUGGUUCUUCUAAACAACCAGAGGAUGACUUGGGUUUUGAUCCCUUUGAUGUCACUCGAAAAGCCUUAGCAGACCUGAUUGAAAAGGAACUGUCAGUCCAAGACCAGCCCUCCCUUUCACCCACAUCUCUUCAGAACUCCUCUUCACACACUACAACCGCCAAAGGCCCGGGCUCUGGGUUCCUGCAUCCAGCUGCACCUGCAAAUGCCAACUCUCUCAGUAGUACCUUUUCAGUCUUGCCACAGAGGUUCCCUCAAUUUCAGCAGCACCGAGCGGUUUAUAAUUCAUUCAGUUUUCCAGGCCAGGCAGCCCGCUAUCCUUGGAUGGCCUUUCCACGCAAUAGCAUCAUGCACUUGAACCACACAGCAAACCCCACCUCAAAUAGUAAUUUCUUGGACUUGAAUCUCCCGCCACAGCACAACACAGGUCUGGGAGGGAUCCCUAUAGCAGGGGAAGAAGAGGUGAAGGUUUCGACCAUGCCACUGUCAGCCUCUUCCCAUUCAUUACAACAAGGACAGCAGCCUCCAAGUCUCCACACUACUGUGGCCUGACCCCGAACUGAGAGGAGAGGAUUAGACUCUGGGGUGCUUGCAUGGGCAACCGGAUUGUUGCAUGAUUCUUUCUGAUUUUGCAUUUAAUGUAUACACCCAAAAGAGCCAAUAUAAACGUUCCUCAUGCCUACAACUAGUGUGUUACCUCAUAGCUGCUCCAGUAUUUCUUCCUUAGGCCUUUAACACGAUUUAUUAGCAUAAUAAUAAUUUUGGCAUUGUUUCUCAUGAGUGAUCCUAUUUUUAACUCACACAAAUAAACUUGUAGCACUAAUUAAGAUCCCAGAUGAGAUUAGCUAGAAUUGUUCUUAUUUUGGCUCUCUUAUUGAACAUAUACAAAGAUAAUGGUAGUUCCUUGUUUUCUGAUUUGUGAAAAAAAUGGUAAUAUCCUAAUAUACUCAUGAAUACUUUGAAAAUUAAGAAGAUAAUGUCGUAUUGCAUUCUUUGAAUACUUGAGAAGAAAGAAUACAUAUAAAACAAAAUUGGUGGUGUCAUUUUAUGCUCAGAAGGAUGUUGUCAGCAAUUGUUUUUAGUUGUAUGGAUUUAUAGCCUAUAUUAUGCAUUACAUGUUUAGAAACUGUUUUUGUUCUCUCUCAUUUGCACAUUUGCACUUUCUUUUUGAAUGGUUGUUAAUUAUAUGUAGAAGGUUAAAAGCUAAUUAUUAUAGACUAAAUGCAAUAUAAACUCUUUUCUAACGCACUGCCUAGUAUACCAGGAAAUGCCUCAGAAACAGAAUUUCAACUUAACAGUUGAUUUAUCAGAAACUUGAAUAUGGGGUUAAACAUUGUAUGAGAGAAGCGACCAUAGUAGUGUAACUUCUUUUUUUUUUUUUUUAAACAAACGGUACUUCUGUGGGAUAUCUGUUUGGAAAUUUCAUUGUUUAAUCAUUGAAAUGUGAUAAUAAAACUGUAUUACAAGUACCUGACCAGAAUGGGAUUAAGGUGAAAGAGAAGAGAUUGGGGAGCCUCUAAAAUUAGGCCACAUAAGUUGUCAUAGAUAAGUUUAGUUAUUCACAGAGAAUAGUGGAGUGCUUUAUUAGGACAUAAUGUGAAGUGAUAUUUUUGGAUAAUACACAAUUUCUAAAAAAUAGUUUUAAAACUGAUAAUGAAAGAAAAUAAACAGUUUGAUUCUGAACAGUGGACCAAACCUGAUUCAGAAAACAUGACCUAAAUUAAACCACUGGAAAGAAAGGAGAAAGGCAGAGCUCCUCUUGAGGUUUUCAGAAACAAUUGUGACUUCAGAGAUUUGCCUUAACUGGUUACAAAUAUGGAAAGGGUAACAUGAAUACCCCAAAAGGAAGCCUAGGGAUUUAAAAUAACAAUAAAACACCUUCUGAGGAGAAGAUACUAAUAAUCAUGCUGGAGUUGGAGUCUUCAAGGUUACUUCUCUAUAUAAAGUCUGAUUACUUUCUAUUAGAUACAAUACAACAAAUUAAAUGGCUUUGUCCUGAGGUGUGGUGGGAUAAACUAAAAUCUGUUCUUAGAUAUCCUUUGGUUUGGUUAACUGAAGGUGUAGAAACAGCUAGUUACCUGGCCAGUGAAGUUAUUGUUGUGAAAUUCUGCAUAUAUGACAACCUCUAAUUUUUCAGAAGUGAUUUAAGACAGCAUUACAGGAAAUUUAGAAAAUACAAAUAAAAUAUCAUAGGCUUAUUAGACAGAAGCUUUUUUAUCGUAGGUUAACGAUGGUUUCAUUUUUACUGUAAGGGGCAAAGACAUCCAUUUAAUGUCUCUUGUGGUGCUAAGGCUUUGGGGCUUCUUUAACACACUUGGGCUCCCUGUAAUGAGGCUUUAGAGCAGAGCUUUCGCCAGCCUUCAAUGCAAGCCUUUCACCGCCUGGAUCUUCUUACAAAGACAGAAGAGGUGAUUGACUCCUAUUUACUGCUUCUCUGUGUUGAGAGAUAACACCUGGUAAACCAGGCUUCUUUCUUUCCUGGGGUAGCUUUCUCUCUCCUUUCUCACUCCUAGCCUGUGCCAAAAAACUUGCUAGACUUUCUAGAACCCAGAAUUGUUUCCCCGCCUGCUUCUCCCCCUCCCCUCUUCCGCACACGCCAUAUUGCAGGACAGUGCUUCUGGGGCAAUUAGGCACCAACUUAAUAUAUUUUAUCUUUUACCUAGAGAGCUCGAUUAUCUUUUAACUAUAUUUUGUAAUUAUGAGAUCUUGUAAGCCUAAGAAUAAGAAGCCUGACUAUUUUGCAUACUUAAAUUUCAUGUAGUACAGUUUUCUUUUUAAAAAAAUGAAAUCUUAAAAUGGUAGUCAUAAUUAAUUAUACUAAAACGCAGAAGAAAUUACACAACACACAAAAAAAGGCACCACUUCACAAAGCAAGUGAAUUGAUGAAACCAAAUGAUGGUAAAGAAUGAGAAAUUCUAAAAAGCUUCAGAUUGUUCCUGCAUGACCUAUCACGUGCAAGGGAAAUUUUGUAUGCUUUUACAUACUUAACCUUUAAAAGGUGACUAGCCUGUUCCUUCAGUCAGGAAUUAUACCUAGAGUCCAGAACUCUUGCAAAGUUAUGAGUUUUGUGUGUAUGUACAUCUGUCCAUUUUUUUUCUGGGGAGAAGAGCCGUAGUUAUUAGAUCUGUAAAGGGUUUGAUGACACCUCCAAGAAAAAAAGUUAGGAACUUCUGCCUUGAAAUAUUUUUAGUGCCACUGUAGGAAAUAGAGGCCUAGACUGAAUGAUUUUAGUCACACGAUGAAUGUCAAAUACCUCUUUAUUUUCUUCAAGGUUCCAUUAGACCAUAUAUUCUGAUUAAUAAUACUUUUCCUUUUUAGCCUACUGUUUUGUUUUUCCAGGUUGGUGCUGUUGUAUACUCUCCCCUUAUUUCAACAAGCAUUAAUUAAAUAUUUGAGUGCCUAUUUUAAUUAAAUAUUUGAGUGUAGUAACCUGAGCUAGAUCUUGAGGGAUAUAAGGUUGUGUAAACUAUAGACCCUGCCAUCAAGGAUAAUAGUUUAGUGACAGUUUUAUUUCACAUUAUUCCUAUAAGGUCAGCUCUUGAUAUAUUUUAACCAUACGAACAGCCAUGGCAGUCCAGACUUAUUUCCUUCUUUAUCACUCUGACAGUGACAACAAAGUAUUGACUACUGAUACUUGAAAUUUUAAAAUAUAUGAUGAUUGGGCAGAAGUGAAAAAAAUCUUAACAGGGAAGACAUCCAUUCGUUAUUCUAAUUUAGGUAUUUCUCAGUCGUGUGUGCAUGCUCAUGUCUCUUACUCUUUACUUAGUGUCCUGGAACUCAAGUAGAGCUUUCUAUAUAUGUGUCCUUUUAAAGAAAACAGCUUUAAUGCAUUGUGUCUGUGCACAUUGUUACUGACAUGGCUCCUGUUUGUACGGUAUCCCAGGCACCUUCAAGACUGCCAGAGCUCUCUUCUGCCGGGACACAGGCUUGUAGGGAGCUGCUCCCUCAGAGACAUUGCCUCAGAAAGCCAAGAGAAAGGAACGAAUUGCAGGUGCACUGACAUCUUACAAAAUGAACACACUGCAUUUGUUACAUAUAUGCAAAAAAUGGGGGACAUUUUUCCUAUGUCGAGUUGUAAGGUUUGGGAUUUUUUUGUUUCUUUGAUCAUGAAAUUUCCCCAAAUCUGCUUAAUUGGCUGUAAGACAUAGACAUAACUGAAA